CCUUCCCAGCCCCAUGACAUUACAGCUGAAGAAAUCACUAAUUCAAGUAUCCGUCUGUCUUGGCACAUGGGCUUUGGAGGAAUUUAUCCCAUCAGCCACUGCAUUGUUCAGGUCAAAGCGUCUGGUGAAGACUCUGAUCAGGUCAUCAUCUCCAGUCAGACGGUCAGCGCACCCGACACCAGUCAUCUGAUCUCAGAUCUGGAGGCCUUCAGCCAGUAUGAUCUCAGAAUGGCCUGCCGGAGCAGUCAGGGCGUCUCGAGCUGGACGGCCUGGAUGAGCGUCAGCACCAGUGAAGGAGUUCCCGAUACAGCCCCGGACAAUGUGACGGUUGUGGUGAACGGAACAGAAGUGCUCCUGAGAUGGUCACAACCUCCUGGAAAGAUGAAUGGACGGCUGCAGGGAUACAUGAUGGAGUACAGCGCACCUAACAUGGAACAGGUUGUGGUGGACACAGGUUUGGACACAGAGCUGUUUGUCAAUCUCUCAGCCCCCCUGUCGAACGUUUCCUUUAGAGUGUGUGCAUACACCGGAGCGGGACAGGGGCCCUGGACGCCCCUCCAAACCAUCACACUCAUUCAUGCAGAAACGGGGCAAUCCAGAGAUAUCUUGAGUGCUCCGGCGUUCUCCUGGCACUGGUGGUAUGUGGUCAUGGCCAUCGCCGCUGCCAUCGUUCUCACUGUGCUCUUGGCCGUGUACGUGACCAGGCUGAGGUGGAAGGAGACACGCUUUGGUGAGGCAUUUGAACCCAUGAUGGAGAGCGGUGAACUCGUCGUUCGAUACCGAGCUCGUCGAACGUACAGCCGACGCACAACAGAAGCCACACUGAACUCUCUGGGGAUCAGCGAUGAGCUCAAGCAAAAGCUACAGGACGUAAUGGUGGACAGACACAAGCUAACGCUGGGAAAAACACUCGGGGAAGGUGAGCGUUACGUAACUGCCGUAGGGAACCGCGUGCUGUAUUGUCUGGACUGAACGGGAUGUGUGUGUGUGUGUGUGUGUGUGUGUGU